AUGGCAACUGUGGCAUCUGCUGUUCGCGAUAUCGCGGCGACCUCCAGUGCCGGCCGAGACAACUUAACUGCUGUAGCGGCCGCUAGGAGCGUCCCUGUGACAACAAACCACAGCCUGUCGACUCUGCCGACCCCGCCGAACUCCAUCUCGCCCUCUCUCCCUCCUCACGGGCUGAAGGCCCAACUGCAGCGCGCGCGUCUGGGUUCGAUAGACUCGGACCUUGAUCUCCAUGAUGCUCCCGAUGACCGCCAUGACUCUCCCCCCUGUGACCCUGCUGGCACCAUCACCCCCGCCAUGCUCGCCAAGUACCAUCUUUCCGAGAUUUUGCUGAAUCAUGGGCCCCUCCCCAUCCGGCAUCUUAUGGGUUACCUAACAACUUCGGUACCUGGAUUCGCUAGCAUUCCGCCAGCAAAGGCGCGCAGGUUGGUUGUGGCGGCGUUGGAGGGUAAAGGAAGCAAUGGCGAAGGCGGUGGAGUGGAUGGUGAUGUGGAAUUUAUCAAGGUUGGCUGGGGCCGCUGGGAUGCGAAGCGCCGGGGUCAGCCGGCACGCGGCGACUCUCCCUCGGCUAGCCGGACAUCUCCUGGUGUCGGCCAUCCUGCAAGCAUUCCCAUCAUCCGGGCAUCCGGUUCGUAUCUUAAUGAUUACCGAUCACGACUGGGUGCGACUCUGGGAUCGAGCGUGGGCGGUCGCUCGUCAGUCGCUUUUUCUCACGACGAGCGGGACCGCUUCAUGGACCCCAUGGACUACGAGGCUGACAAGAUGUCGCUCGACGAUGACGAUGAAUCUGGCUCGGCCUCGUGUUCUGAGGCUCCUGAUGACUGUGAUGACCCGCGUUGCCGCCGCAACGAUGACCCGGAGGAUGCCACGGAUGAGGAGGAUUGGGCUGCCAUCGGCGCGGCCGCAUUGCGUGCCGAGUCGUACAACGCCCGUUCCAUGGGUCAAUCCCCCUUCAGCACGCUCUACAGCGACGGUUUGCACCCCUCCGGCAUCCGCUCCUUCUCGACAGGCAUGGCUCGCCCGCCAGAGCUGCCUAGCGGUGUCAAUCUUGCUGCCUUCAACAACACUACCAUGCGCAACAACUCGCCUCUGUCUGCCAUGACCGCUUCGGAGGCGCAGGAACGCGAGGCGGUUGAUGCGCUUCUCCGCCUCAGGUCAAUGUAA